GGUGGAUGGAUGGAGGCCGCCGACGGUCAGCUUUCUUAGAGCACGGACUUAGCUGGCUCCCGAGCUGCGCGCCACUGAGGGAGCUUGCAGAUUUACUCUCGGAGGAUGAUGGAGGCAUCACAGGGAUCUGACAGCCCUGGAGGAAGCUGGGAAAGGAGCCGCAGAGACAUCCUGAGGUCCACCAAGAGGGCAUGGGUUCCCCUGGACGAGCAGCUGCCUUCUGGCCUCGACGUCCCCGGGCUGGGAGAUUCCAAGCAAGAAAGUAUUCAGCAGUGGCUGGACUCUGGAUUCUUUGUCUCUGCAAAUGAAAACAUCCAGCCGGUCAUCGACCACACGGCGUUUCCGCCUGAACAAGGAAUGGUCCACGUGACAGUGCAAGACUACAUGAGAUCUCUGCACCAGUUUCCAGAAACUCCCACCCUAUCCAGAGGGACCAGUUUCAACUCGUGCUAUUCUGCAGCAAGUAUACCACAAAGCAUUCCUGAAUGGCUGGAACUCUGGGAAAACGAUCCAGUGGAGAUUCUCUUGGAUCUGGGGUUUGGUACCGAUGAGCCCGACAUCUGCACACAGAUUCCAGCCAGAUUCCUGGUCUGUGGCUCAGCAGCCAGAGGAAUCAACAUCCGGGUUUUCCUUGAAGCUCAAAAGCAGCGCAUGGACAUUGAGAACCCUAACUUGUAUGGCCGGUUCCGACAGCUGGAAAUCCUGGACCACGUGGCCAAUGCCUUCUCAUCUUUGCUGGAUGAGGUCAACACUCUGCAGAGCAAAGCUGAGGAGAGGGAUGAGGAGGACAGUGUGCAAAGAACCUCCGUGGGUGGAGCCGAAGAACAUCAGAGAAGAGUGGGUGAACUUCUCAGGAAAGCCUCAAAGCAGAACACCAGGGGAGACUGUAGUUCCAAAGUGCCAGAGUCACUGAAGAACAGGGAAGAGUUUUCCAUCCCCUCUGCACAACCAGGGGCACGUGCAGCACAGUUACCAGCCAUGACAGACAGCCACGACCACAGCCCUUUGCCUUCUUCGGCCGAGCAUUGGUCUCUCCAAGCCUGUGAUGACUUCACACCUUGUCGUCCUCCCCGAGCUCUUCUGAAAAAGUGGUGGCCUUCCACACCCAUGCUAGCCAGGCAGGCUCCUGCUUCCUGCGUGUCUGAGGGGUCAGUCAAGGACAGGACACUGAAAGAAAACUGGAUUCAGACUAAUAAGCUCAGGAGCUUCUCCGGUGUGAGCAGAGCGCCAGACUCCUUCGAAAUGGAGGAGGUCCAGAGCUUUGAAGAGGAGAGUGGGAAUCCCCCCGACCUGACUUCAGGAACUGCAGGUGCCACAGUGAGCAGAGCCAACAGCUGCCAGUCGGACAGCAGCGGGUUCCUGGAGGAACCGCCGGAACCACCAGCCUGGCAGGUGCCUUCCUUGCCUGCAGGCCAGGGCCCUGCCGAGGAGGGAUGCACAGGCCCAGGCGGCCAGAGCCCGCGCUUAGGGUCCGCCCAGCACUGCCAGCGAGACUCCGAGGAGUCCAGCUCCAAGAGUGGGGCGAGUACGUCCUUUUCUAGCCAAGACUGGAAUGUCUUAGAAGACAAGUCCCCAGAACUGGAGGUGGAGAAGGAGUCUCAGCCCGAGGCCAUGGGGGUGCAGCCAGGACUGUUCACCUCAGAUGUGGCCCUGAGCUGGGCCACCGCUGGAGGAGAUCGCCCAGGGAAAGACAGCCACCAGAGGCAGCCCCCGCCCGUGCCCCGCACUCAGCAUGAGGCCAACAUUGGCAGGACUCCCCGCCGGGGUGAUUGGCCCCCGGAGUUCCUGGUGACCGAAGGGGGCCAUGGGUUUCUGCAGCCUGAGGGAGCCAGGGAGGUGCACGUGCAAAGCCCCCCCUGGGAGCCUCACACGUCUCCGGGAACGGAUGGUGCUCCGGACAAGUCCCUGCCCGCCGGCUCCGGGGCCCCGGGAGGAGCGGGAAGCAGUGACACCUGUCUUGACUUCAGCCACCGCUCCCAGACACGAGGAAGUCCACCACCACCUGUCCCCAAGAACGGCGCAGUCAGGACCUCUGCAGUGGCCCUUAGUCACACAUCCGAAAAGGCUGUACCCCACGUAAAUACGCUGUCUGGGGGUGCUGCUCCCCAAGCAAAGCCAAGGUGUGGGGCUUUGGGUCAGAUACCACCCUGGACAGAACCUGAGCUGGGAGCCCUUCCUUCCGGCGCUGACUCAGAUGCCGCCGGCUCCGAGUCCGUGACAGUGCAGCUGUCCUCCAGUCUGGUGUCAGCUGCCCAGAGUGCUGUGGCCUGGGGGACUCCUUCUGGAAGAACAAGUUCAAAACGCACUGUGGGGGACCCUGUAACCACGACACGACCAGUUCUGGGGACAGGAGCCAGACAGUUCAGUGAUGUUUCUGUUCAGACUUGUGAAUGGGAGCCCAGGUCCUGGCGCUGCUGCUCAGUGCAAAGGAACAAGGCCCAGCCCCUCACCAAAUCCGUCUCCCUAGACACCGGCUUCCCCAGUAGCUGCCCGGUGUACAUCUGCCGUGCCGCACCUGCCCACUGCCGGGGCUGCUGUCACCACCAUCCCCACUGCCACUCGGCGGGACCGGGCCCUGGCCCAGUGUCCUCAGCCUGCAGGCACAGCCCAAGCUCUCAGGGUCACUUGGAGACCCAGUGCAUGAAGGCCUUGGAAGUCCUGCAGGACACCGCAGUAAGGGAGCUGUGCUCUGGCACAGCCCACGAGAUGGAAGCCAUGCAGACGCUCUGCUGGUGUUUCCGGGAGCAUUUAGAGGAAAUGGAACAGCACCUUACAGGACAGCAGGCCCGCUUUUCCAGGGACAUGUCGGAAGAGGAAAGGAAGGAGGCGGAGCACCUGCGAACCUUACGCAGAGCCCUGCGGCAGCAGGUGGAGGAGCUGGAGUUCCAGCUAGGAGACCGCGCUCGGCAAAUCAGAGGAGGGAUCCUGUUGCAGCUGGAGCUCCUCACAGGAGAACCCCCUGAAAACCGUGCAAAUCUGCACCAACACUACUGGACAGAGGACAGGAGGGGCCAGAUCCCACGUGCCCAGGCCCACCCAGCCUUGUCCCCUGGGGCUGCCUUCCCUGCAGACAACAGCCAGCAGGCUUCCUGCCCGCGUGCAAGCCACGGGGCGGCCUGUCCUCCACUCGCCCUGGAGGGCCGCACGGGGAUGUCUCCUCCAGCUCGGGAAGAGUCGGUCGCAGCCCUUUCGCCCCAGCGUCCUGCUGGGGAAACGGAGACAGAUGUCUGCCUCUGA